GCCACUGCUGGUGCUUGACACAAAGCCAUCACUCAACCCGUCAAUCCUUUUUGUUCUUGUUUUGCAGAAUACAGCCACGAUGCCCAAGUUCUUCUGCGAUUACUGCGAUGUCUACCUCACGCACGACUCCAUGUCGGUGCGCAAAGCACACAACAGCGGCCGAAACCACCUGCGCAACGUGGUAGACUAUUACCAGCAAAUCGGCCACGAAAAAGCCCAAUCCGUCAUCGAUUCCAUCACCUCUUCCUAUGCCGCCGAGGGCCAGGCCCACGCGAACCCGAUGCUUCUUCAGAACCAGCCCGGCCAUGCGUUCCCGCCGUUUGGCUUCCCUGGUGGUGUCCCUCCGCCCUUCCCCGGUAUGCCUGGAGCGCCUCCCGGGCAGUUUCCUCAAGGUCUCCCUCCUCCUCCUGGUGGCCGCGGCAUGCCUCCUUUCCCACCUGGCCCUAACGGAAUGCCUCCGAUCCCUCCUCCCAAUGGCCUCCCUUUCCCACCACCCGGUGGCCUUCCCUUCCCUCCUCCAGGCGCACCCAGCGCUCCUGGUCUCCCUCCGCCAAACUUCCCCGGCAUGCCUGCGCCGGGACAGCACGCGUUUCCUCCUCCCGGAGGCUUGCCGCCCCCUGGAUUUCCCGCUGGCGGACCUCCUCCUCCCGGACAAGACAGGCGGUAAUGAGAUGGGGCUGGAAAUGUUUUGGGUUUCUUAGGUCGAGAUGCUAUAUCUAUGUAUGAUAUGAAUCACGGGUAAUAAUUGGCGCUCGAGGCGUUCUUGCGUUUUCUGGGAACGUUUUCCCUUUUUUGCUUUUGCAAUGAAAGCACAUAAACCGGUUCCAAUAGAUUGAAGAUUGAAGCUAUCAGAAUAUAUAUCAGUUUAGCUGAAAAGGCUCAAUGUAUCGAACGUACAUGCACAGCAAGAUAUCAUCUAG